UUUGGCUUGUUACAAAGACCAGCUAUGGAGAAGUGGAGCUUAAUGACAAUUACUGUUUUACUAGCACUUACUGUACGCUGGACUGUAUCGCUUGGUUCUUAUUCAGGUGCAGGAAAACCACCUAUGUAUGGAGACUAUGAAGCUCAGAGACACUGGCAAGAAGUUACUUACAAUUUACCCGUCAGGCAGUGGUACUUCAAUACAAGUGAUAACAACCUACUGUACUGGGGCCUUGAUUAUCCACCUCUUACUGCCUAUCACAGUUUUCUGUGUGCUUACAUUGCAAAGUUAAUAAAUCCUGAUUGGAUUGCUCUGCACACAUCUCGGGGGUAUGAGAGUCAGCCACAUAAGUUAUUUAUGCGUACAACAGUGUUUGUUGCUGAUUUGCUGGUUUAUAUUCCUGCAGUUAUUUUAUAUUGUUUUUCCUUGAAAGAAACAUCUACUAAAAAGAAGGUUUCCAGUGCUCUCUGUAUACUGCUUUAUCCAGGCCUCAUUCUUAUUGACCAUGGGCACUUCCAAUACAACUCAGUGAGCCUUGGCUUUGCCUUGUGGGGUGUAAUUUAUUUGUCUUAUGACUGGGACCUUUUGGGGUCGGCAGCAUUUUGCUUGGCCUUAAAUUAUAAGCAAAUGGAACUCUACCAUUCUCUGCCCUUUUUUUGCUAUUUACUUGGAAAGUGCUUCAAGAAGGGACUGAAAGGAAAGGGGUUAGUAUUGUUAACUAAAAUAGCAGGGACAGUGGUGGUUUGCUUUGCUGUCUGCUGGCUCCCGUUCUGCACCGACAUGGAACAAAUCAUGCAAGUACUCAGAAGACUCUUGCCCAUUGACCUCUUUCCCAUUGACCGAGGCUUGUUUGAGGAUAAAGUAGCCAAUAUUUGGUGCAGUCUAAGUGUCCUUAUAAAGAUAAAGAAUAUAGUAUCACCUCAAACUCAACUAAAACUCAGUUUUGCUGUAACAUUCCUGAGCCUGCUUCCUACUUGUAUAAAACUAACCGUCCAGCCUUCUCUCCGAGGAUUUAAAUUUGCUUUGGUUAGUUGUGCAUUGUCAUUUUUCCUGUUCUCCUUUCAAGUACAUGAAAAAUCUAUUCUUCUAGUGUCAGUACCAGUCUGCUUAAUCAUAAAUGAAAUCCCUUUUAUGGCUACGUGGUUUUUACUUGUAUCAACUUUCAGUAUGUUGCCUCUUCUGCUGAAAGACGGCCUGCUGCUGGCUUUCCUGUCAGCCUGUGUGGCUUCCUUUUCCAUAUUUGAGAAGACUUCAGCAGAGGACCUGCAGCUGAAACCAUUCUCCCUUUCCCUGAAGGGAUAUGUUUCUUGGUUUAAGUCAUUUCCAAAGAUUGUCAGGAGUCUGUUUCUUCUUUCCAUAACCCUGAUGGGCGUCCUGUCUGUAAUGAGCGCUGCAGUGCAUCCUCCACAGAGGUUACCGGAUUUAUUCCCUCUAUCCGUGUCCAUUAUUUCUUGCUUACACUUUCUAUUAUUUUUGGUGUAUUUUAAUGUUGUUAUACUCUGGGACUCAAAGAAUAGUAGAAGUCAGAAGAAAAUCAGUUAA